AUGUCGGAAAUUCCACAACCACCAGGGCUCCCCUAUAUCGGGAGUCUACUUGAAAUCGAUCCUAAGUAUACCGUUAAGAGCCUUCGGCGACUGGGGGAUAUCCAUGGGCCUAUAUAUAGACUUAGUAUUGUCAACAUCACCCGCAUAGUCGUCAGCAACCAUGAGCUAUUCGACGAGCUGUGCGACGAGAGUCGCUUUGUAAAGUCGGUGUCUGGUCCGCUAUCACAGAUGAGAAACCUCGUCCAUGACAGCCUGUUCACGGCGCAUCCAAACGAGCAAAAUUGGGGGAUCGCUCACCGGAUUAUCGUGCCUGCUUUUGGUCCCGUUCCUAUUCAGGAUAUGUUCCAUGGAAUCUACGAUAUUGCGUCGCAGCUUAUCCUAAAAUGGGCCCGUCAAGGUCCGUCAAAACCGAUCAAUGUGCAAGAGGACUGUACCCGAUUCACGCUUGAUGCUGUCACUCUGUGUGCAAUGGGCGUGCGGUUGAAUUCCCUCUACUCGGAAGAAAAGCCCCCCUUCGCGCAGGCAAUGGACGGCUUUAUGAGGGAGUCCAACUAUCGGGCGCAGAGACCAGCCUUUGCAACUCGUCUCUUAUGGUGGUAUCGGCAGCAAUAUGAUCGCGAUAUCGAUUUCAUUCGCAAGUUUGCAAAGGAACUGAUCAAUGCUCGACGGAAAAAUCCGACUGAGAACCAGGAUAUAUUGAAUGUGUUGAUCAAGGGUCGCGAUCCUGAAACUGGUCGACAGAUGUCCGAGGAAAGUAUCAUUGACAAUAUGGUCACAUUCCUUAUAGCAGGCCAUGAAACAACAUCCGGUGGGAUUGCCUUUCUUCUCUACUAUCUUGUCAAAAGCCCAGAUGUCUGGCAAAAGGUCCAGAAUGAGGUAGAUGCUGUCGUCGGAAGUGGUCGAAUCACCUCCAAGCACCUUUCGAAACUUCGCUAUAUAACUGCCUGCGUUCGCGAAUCGCUUCGGUUGUGGCCGACUAUUCCUGUCAUCGCCUUUAAACCCAAAGAUAGACAAAAUCCUACAGUAAUCGGCAAAGACAAGUAUUCCUUGAUGCCAGGCCAGACGAUCAUUGCUCUCCUGCCGGCCAUUCACCGGGACCCGGACGUCUGGGGCGAGGAUGCAGAUGAAUUUCGGCCGGAAAGAAUGGUAGACGAGGAGCUGAGUGCUCUGCCAAAGAAUGCCUGGAAGGCCUUCGGAAAUGGUGCACGUUCCUGCAUCGGUCGACCUUUUGCUAUGACUGAGAUGGUGUUGAUCACCGCACUGCUAGCGCAAAACUUCGACGUCGAGCAACAUGACCCCGACUAUGAACUCGAUAUUGACCAGAUUGUGACUCUCCGGCUAAGGAACUUCUUCCUCCGCGUGAAACCACGACCAGGCAUCGACGCUGUGCAACUCGCGAAUCGGCUGUUCAAUGAUCAGGAGGCCAAAAGUAGGCCUGGCCCAGAAGCAACAAUGACCCCAGCUGUGAGAGAUAAAUUAAAGCCCAUCACCGUUCUUUACGGAUCCAAUACCGGCACAUGCGAGUCACUAGCUCGUCAGUUUAGCCGCGAUGCGUCCCGAUAUGGAUUCAAUCCCACAAUGCUACCGUUGGACUCAGCAUUGGAAAAGCUACCAACAGACUGGCCGGUAAUUAUCCUAGCAGCCAGUUACGAGGGACAGCCAGCUGCCAACGCGGCUAAGUUCGUCUCCUGGCUGCAAAAAAUCAAGAAGCCCAUUCUGUCCGGAGUCUCGUUUGCAGUCUUCGGUUGUGGGAAUCGCGACUGGACGGCGACAUUCCACCGCAUCCCGAAGCUUAUUGACAGACUGUUAAGUGAUGCGGGGGCACAUCGCUUGCUCGAGUUAGGGCUCGCUGAUGUGUCCUCAAUGGUUGUGCAAGAGACAUUCGAAACUUGGUACGGAAACCAACUGUGGCCGGCCUUACGAGCUAAAUACACGAUCUCAGAGCUCCGACCUUUGCCCAGCAAGUUAACAGUUGAGUUCACCAACCAUCUGAGACAAGCCACCAACGGGCAGGAGUUUAUUGAAGCUUCCGUGAUCGAAAACAAAUUGCUUACAGCAUCAGGUGUAAAAGCAAAAAGACACCUUGAGCUUGCGCUCCCACCCAAUGCGGAAUACACAGUCGGUGAUUAUCUGCAUAUCCUGCCAAUGAACCCCCCAGUCACUGUUCAAAGGGCGAUGGGAUUUUUCCGCCUUGCGGAAGGCACAUACAUGAAAGUGACUGGAGGACUAUCCACAGUGUUACCCAUCGGCAAAGAAAUAUCCGUGGAGGAGGCCUUGAGCAGAUAUGUUGAGCUCUCCCAGCCUGCCACACAAAAGAUUCUGGAACGCAUCUCACUAUCGACCCCUGUUUUGACAGAACGAGAAAAGUUAAGCCACCAGGCCGCCUCAUCAACCUCUCUUCAGGACAAGAGAAUCAGCAUCUUAGACCUUCUGGAGCAUGCUCCAUCGUCUACGAUAUCCUUCGCGGACUUCAUCUCCAUGCUUCAACCUCUUCGAGCCCGGCCAUACUCCAUCUCAUCCUCUCCCUUGAACUGCGCAAGAUCAUGCUCCCUAACCGUGUCCAUUGUAGACAAUCCAGAGCCAACAGCAAGGGAAACACGAGUCCUCGGCAUCUCAACCCACUACAUCACCCGCCUGAAACCGGACCAACGCAUCCUCUGCUCAAUCCGUCCAUCCAACUCUGGUUUUACUUUCCCGGAUAAUCCAGAAACAACCCCCAUGGUGAUGAUCUGCGUUGGAUCCGGCAUUGCGCCAUUCCGCGCGUUCGUCCAGGAACGAGUCUGUCGGGCCGAAAAAGGACAGAAACUUGCACCCGGACUUCUUUUCAUCGGCUGCAAAUCACCCAAACAUGACAGGCUUUAUGGCUCGGAACUCGAUCAAUUGGAAGAAGCGGGUAUUGUCACUGUGCGGUAUGCCUAUUCUGGACUUCCGUACCGAAAGCACGUCCAGGAUAAACUGUGGGAUGAGCGCGAGACACUCGUUGAUAUGUAUAAGGGCGAGGCGCGCUUCUAUCUAUGCGGACCGGUUGAGCUGAGAGACUCAGUUCUCGCGGUGGCGAGGAGAAUCUAUAUGGCUACCGUUGAGGCGAAUGGAGAGGUCAGGGGCGAGGACGAGUAUCAGAAUUGGCUGGCAAAAAUGAAUAAGGGGAGGUUUGCAGCAGACACCUUUGCUUAA